AUGGCUCUACGGGAUGUUAGAUUCCUUGUCGCAAUAGACUUUGGAACUACUUUUUCUGAACGUUACAUUUUGGGGAUAUUCUGCAUUAGAAAAAAACCUGACGAAGAAUUGGAUGAUCCGGAAGAACAAUGUUCACGUCUUGUAGAAUAUUUAAAUUAUUUGACUCAAAUGAUCAAAGAGACUUUUGAGAAACGACGACCUAUUAUCAAAUUUCCUGAACAAGUUGUUCCUGUAUCCUGA